AGCAAAACACAUGUAAAAGGCUGUAAGAAGUAAUGCCUUGCAUACUUUAAUAUUUCUUUUUCUUUCCAAUAUCUCUAUUUCAUACUUAAAAUAUAAAAAAAUGCGUUCACAGAUGAACACUGCGAAUAAAGUGCCUGGUUUACAGUUGCACAGAGUUAUACGAUUAGGCGAUAAGACUAAUAAUCAAGUCUUCACAUUCAUUGUACCCUCUCAGCUAACAAAAGGAUUUUUACAGAAUGUUCAGUCAAAAGAAUUUCACUAUGGUGGUCAUCGAUGGUUUAUUCGUAUGGAGUAUUAUACAGAACCUAGUGAAUGUGGGAGUGGAAAAGAAGAUUCCCAUUUUAUACAGUAUCGUAAACAACCUCUGGGUGUUUCUAUUCACCUGUGUAGCAUUUCAAGUGGAAUGACAUGCCGACUAAAAAGUGUCAAAUUCACUAUUCCCCAUCAGGAAUGUUACAUGCAAAAUUUAAUCCACGAAUCAGAAGAUGUACACUUCAGAUGUUCCAGUGUUUCAUACAAAGUAUCCACAUGGAUUGAAAGUGGCCUGCUGACUAAUGAACACUACUUAUUUGAUGACUCGACAUGCAUAUUAGAAGUGGAAUUACAAGACGCUGUGACAACUUAUGAGGAACUAUUACGUGUACCGAGAGAUUCAAAGGAAGCAGUACGGUGUAGGUCACUUGAGUCAACAACAUUUCCUUUCGCUGGAGAUGACUGGAGUUUCAUCGUUGAUUGGAGUACUCCACAGGAUAAGUCACGAGGGCAUAAUAAUAAAGAUGACAGCAGGCCUAAAUUCUACAUACAAAGGCAUAGCUCCCCAAAACACUGGACACGAUUAAAAUAUGAACUUGCAGUGAGUUGGCAUGAUUAUGGAACAUCUCGCUUAGGACCAUUUGAUCAACUGAUAAAUCCUGAGAGUGGAGCCACAACAAAAGCUUAUACCUUCGGAGAUUCAAAAUGGUUUUCUAAUAGCUCUGCGCCUGUUAUAACUUCAAAACACAGAAUAAGUGUUAAAAUUGAUUUUCAUUCUGUAGUUCAUAUCAGCCGAGUAGACCUCAUACCAACAUCACCUCAAGGUGGCAGAAAUUGUGCACGAGUUGUCGAUCCCAGUGGUGUAGACUGGAUCAUAAUGAGUGAUAUUCUAGGCACAUAUGUACGUCUUAAGUUGUUUCUACCAAAUGAAUCUAAUGCAAAACACAACGAGAAUGACUCAAAUAUGGAAGUAAGAUCAACUGCAUGGUCAGUACAACUGAUACCUUAUGAGUCAUCAUUGAAUAUUGUAAAGUCCAUGAGUUCAUUUUAUGUUAUUUACACACCAAUAAAUAUCAGUGGGCAAAUAACAACAGCAAACAGUACAAAAUCACCCUGUCAAGAGGUCGUAUUACCCUUAGAUGUUGAAAAAGUUUGUAGUUCAAAUUUUGGAUAUUCACGACCUGAAGACAAUGCUAUCACUCUACGCAUUGAAUGGUUAUAUUCACAUGUACUCAGUAGAGGUGAUUAUCAUAAUUACGAUGAAUUAGUUGCAAUGCAACGAUACAAUUUAAUUAAAGACAUGCACCUCAAAGUUGCUGAAAUUGACCGUUUAACUAAACAAAAGGCAGUUCAAUUUUCAAGAGCAAGUCGAGAUGGCGAAAUUUAUGGUGAGAAAUUAUCGGAACCAAAUGCAGCUCAUACAAAACAAGUAUACCCCACAAGAUGCGCUUCUGAUAUUAUAUCCCCAAACAGAUCAAGCUUUAGAGAGUCACCCAGAAUAAAACAGCUGCCCACGCCAAGAGCAACUUCGCCUAACAGUCCAACUAAUAAUGGAGCUUCUCGAACGAAUUCACCAACAAUAAAAAACUAUCUAACUCCUCCUGUUAUCAUUAAUGGAAGUCUUGAUUCAAAUACAAACAGUGAUACUAGAAAUCUAGACUUCAGUGAUGACUCAUUAUCAUCCAAUCCUUACUGGCGUCGGCAUAGUUCAUGUCUAGAAGAUGUCGGUUCUUCAAAACCCCGACAUCGAAGACAGUUACCAUCUCCACCGUCAUCGUCUGCAUCCUCAUCGCGUCUUGUGUUACCAGGCGGUAUCACCAGUGUUCCUACAAAUGACUGUUCUAUAUCAACAAGACCAAACAGUGCAAACAGUCCGCGUUUGUCACUGAAGCAUACAAACUUUGAGUUUGGUUACUCGAAUUAAGCAAUCGCAUUUUGAUUUCACAUAAAAUGUGCGCCUUUCUUUUAUGGUUCACUUGAGUUAAACAGGUUUCGUUCAGUUUUUCUUUUUCUUUUUUUUCUAGUGAGUUCCAGUUUCUAAUAGAUUCAUUAAAAGCCUAAUUAUAAAUCAUCUGUUUCUUUUCAAGAAGUGUUGUUUUGCUAUUGACGUGUUUUGUUAUAUAAACAGAGCAUAAUAUAUAUAAAUACAUUUUGUCUGUUUUAUCCUUCUAUGCCCUAUUCUAUUAGUCAAGUGUUGUUCUGAGAAAACGUAUACAUUCCACAUCCGAAUUAAUUGUAACCGUGAUCAUUAAAGUAUGAUGCGCUGAAAAUUGUGGAUGUCCUUCUGUCCUUCUUUUAUGCGCAAAACAGGCUGAUCUUUGUUUAAUUUCAUUGUUACUAAAACGACUACUACUAUUACUACUACAGAAAGUGCAACAGAGCUUUCCUUAUUUUUUUCUUUUUUUUUGACCACAUUUUCA